AUCGUUUCAUUAAACCAGUCACCUUUGUCAGUUGUCGUUUCUUUCCUUUUGUUUUUGUCUGUUCUUGUCUUUUGGUCAAUAAUAAAUCGAGUCCAGUCGUCCAUUUUUUCUCAGAAACCGCGAACUCGUUCCAACUUUCGAUGACCACACGUGCACGUAAAACCACAACCGGCGAUUCGGGCGUCGAGGUCCAGAUUACGCCCGACGGCCAAGUGACCAAGAUUGUCCUGCGCGACGGCACGGGCGCUGCGCCUCCGCCGAAGGGCUCGCUGGUGACCGUGCACUACGUUGGUCGCACUCCGGACGGCCGUAUCUUUGAUCAGAGCCGCAACCAUGGCUCGCCGUUCGAAUUCAAGCUCGGUGCUGGAUAUGUGAUCAAGGGCUGGGAUUCCGGUGUUGCCACCAUGAAGGUUGGCGAAAAGGCCCUGCUGUCGUGCGGCAGCAAUUACGCGUAUGGCGCGGAUGGGAUUAACGACGGGAUGACUCUGAUUCCUCCCAACGCAACCCUCGAAUUUGAAGUGGAGCUACUGUCCUGGCGUGAAGACAAGUCCCUGCCGAUUCUCCAGCUCAGCAUCGUGCUCUUUGUCGCUCUGCUUGCCUGGUACAUCUUGUGGUUUGAGCCUUCCCAGCGCGCUACGGCGUCCAGUUGAGACGAGGAAAAAUACACAAUUGAAAUCCAACA